AUGCCCCCCGAUGCAGCGGCGUUACCAUCUCCACCGGACAUACCACCGUGGAAGGACAGGCGUCCUUACUCGGUGGGGGGCAACAUGCAUUCCACCGAUCCGGUCACCAGACUGGGCUCUUUUCAGAAUGGCUCCCUAGCAACAAGACCCCGAUACCCGAACAUCAAGGACUUACAGGAUCAGGCUGCCCUUUUGGAUGUUAACGAGACUACCUCGCUUGAAACUCUACUCAGUAAAGCUUCUGAGGCGAUCGGACAAGCCCGGGAUCUGGCAGACGACGACAAGUCUGACAAGGCCUAUGUGCAGUACCUUCGCGCUUCGGAGAUCACCAUCAACGUCAUCCCCCACCACCCGAACUACAAGACGAUCAGCGAGCGCCCCGAAUGGUACAAAGAAUUUGCCGGAUUGAUGAUGGCGGUGCGAACUAAGCAAGGAACAAUGGAUGCGAUCAAACAGGACAUUCUCCAAGACAAUCUUAAGAGCAACAUACAACCCAUGGGAUUAUAUGCAUCGGCAUCCUCGGGACAAGAGCAAAGCUCUGUCGUUCCUAGGGGUCGUGAGAACCAUGAGCCGGCAACCAGCGCGAUGAGAAUGCCGAGCCCUACACAAUUCCAGCGAAUGCCGGAUCCCCAAGCCAGUCCAAAACGAUUCUCAAGUCCCGCUGAAGACUUGAUAGCGCAACGCUUUGCAAAGCUCAGAAUCUCACAAACCCGCCCGAAUCAGUCUGGCGCAGUCAUGCAGUCUCCACCAGGAUCUGCGGACCAGAAUCCCCCAUACAUCUCCAACACCCCGCCAAGCAGCCAUGGUUUUGCCUAUGCAUCUCCAUCUAGGCGACCUUUGGGACCUCGCAGUAUGGGGUCCUCUCCGGUUCCCAACCACCCUCCGAAACUCCCUCUGGCGACAUCUCUCCCACGUGCUCCUGAUCCCGCGUAUAGCCCGAUCUACACUGUACCUUCGCAACCUCCGCCGAAUCCGCCAAGAACCUCCACUGACAGCGUUCGACCAACCACCCAGAAAUACUCUUAUGUUUCCAAUUCCCCACAUAGCAGUCCGAGCCGGGGUCCUCCUGAUAACCCCUACCGGUCACUAACCCCCAAUGGUGUGAACUCAGUACGGGAAACCCGGAGCGAUUCACCCGACUUGCCUUUCAACUCUGCGAUUACGGCCCAGGAACUUCUUGAAUACUUGAGGAAAUUCAACGUACUUGUGGUUGACGUUCGUUCCCGAGAUCAAUAUGACAAUGGUCACAUCUAUGCGAAGUCUAUCAUUUGCAUUGAACCAGUGGCUUUGAAGGAGAAUGUGUCUGCAGAAGAACUUGAGGAGCGUCUCGUCGUAUCUCCAGAGCAUGAGCAAAUGUUAUUUGAACGGCGGAACGAAUUCGACCUUGUUGUCUACUAUGACCAGUGUACAUCGUCGGUCAGCUAUCUUGCAGGCUCGCCCGUUGGAACAUCAGCGCCGCACUUGAGAUAUCUCCAUGACACUCUUUAUGAAUUCAAUGCGUACAAGCCGCUGAAGGGUGGCCGUCCUCCUGCGCUUCUACUUGGUGGCUUAGAUGCCUGGAUUGAUCUAAUUGGGCAACAGUCCCUCGCCACAUCUACCACUGCCGCCGUCAUAGGGUCGCUCCAGGCUAAGAAGCCUGUGCCGAAGCCGGGACGCGCAUUGGGUCGCGUACCAACCAUAGCCAGUGCUAAUUCAAGUUUGGAAGUUCGCAAGAGGCGACUUCGAGAGUUCACGCCUCUGAAUUCAGAGGAAUUGUCGGCGUGGUUGGAAAAAUCGAAGAAAGAAGAAAUAGACACAAGCACAUACCUGGAGGAUGAACCGGCCAUUGAAGAGGAUCAGCAAGAUUUGGAGCAGCCAUCGCCCUCAUUCAUUCAUAAUUAUGAGGAUUUCCUGCGCCGCUUCCCCGAGCCACAUGCUCAACAGUCCAUGAUGCUCGCGGAGUCUCGGCCAGUUAUCAUGCCUGUUCCUAAUUAUGCUGCUCCAGCUCCUGUUCCCAUAGCCCCAUCGCGCCCUCCCCCUGCAGUUGCUCGACCUAGUUACAGCGGCGUUUCCGAUGGACGACAUGCUCAACCCCAUAUGGAACGGCAGAAUUCGGCCACUCGAACGGCCUUGUACACUCCUAGCUCCCUUCUGAGUCGUCUCAAGCUCCCCCGAACAGGCCUUACUAAUUUUGGUGUUACAUGCUAUAUGAACGCGACGAUCCAGUGUCUCAGUGCUACGGUAAUGAUGAGCAAGUUUUUCAUCGACGAGCGGUUCCGUUCAUAUGUACAGAAGAACUGGAAAGGGUCUCAGGGUGUAAUGCCCGGGCUUUAUGCCAACCUCAUCCGAUCCUUAUGGAAGAAUGAUGUGGACGUGAUCACACCGACUUCAUUCCGCAAUUUCUGCGGUCGAUUAAACCGAGAAUGGAUCAUUGAUCGGCAGCAAGAUGCCAAGGAAUUUUUCGACUUUCUGGUGGACUGUCUUCAUGAAGACCUGAAUCACAAAUGGCAACGCAAUCAGUUACGACCGCUGACCUUUGAUGAGGAGAUGCAGCGGGAACGGAUGCCGGUCCCUAAAGUUUCCCAGAUUGAAUGGGUUCGAUAUUGCCACCGGGAGGAAUCAUUCAUCUCAUCCCUCUUUGCAGGCCAACAUGCCAGUCGACUUCGUUGCACCACCUGUCACCAGACAUCCACCACGUACGAGGCAUUCUACAGCAUCAGUGUCGAGAUACCCACAACCGGGACGGGUGACAUCUAUGAAUGUCUCCGUAGUUACUGCAAAGAGGAAAUGCUCAGUGGCGAUGAGGUUUGGAAGUGCCCCCACUGCAAGUGCAAGCGUAUGGCCACCAAACAAAUCAUCAUCACCCGCGCACCACAGAUCUUAGUGGUCCAUUUCAAGCGCUUCUCCGCAUCUAAGACGCAAAGCGCGCGGAAGAUCCAUACCCCAAUCAACUUCCCCCUGCACGGAUUACGAAUGGACGACUUUGUGAUCUCCUACCCGAGUCCUACGGGCCCCGACUCAACAUCGACCCCGGGCCCCACAGUUCCACCCUUUACCUACGAUGCCUUUGCCGUUCUACGUCAUAUUGGAUCCUCCAUGGGCAGUGGACACUACAUCUCGCUCGUCCGAGAUGCCGAACGUCACACCUGGCGACGGUUCGACGACGAGAGAGCAAGUGACUUCAACCCGCUCGACCCACGGGCUCGCGACCGAUUACAGAAUGAGCAAGCAUACAUAGUAUUUUAUGAGCGAGUUCCAGCGAAAUGA